UCAUUUAACCUGUCAUCUAGUUGAUGAAGAAAAACUUGGAGGACCAGUACACUAUAGGUGGAUGUAUCCUAUCGAGAGGUAAAUAUCUCUUUUCAAUCAUUGUUCAUUUAACCUAUCACUUAGUUAUAUCUUACUUACUAAAGCCAAUUAUACAAACUAGGUAUUUAGGACAUUUGAAGUCCUAUGUACGAAACAAAGCUAAAUCAGAGGGUUUUAUAGCUGAGGGAUAUGUGGCUGAAGAAGCUCUUACAUUUUGCUCUCGAUACUUAGAAGGGAUUGAGACAAGAUUUAAUAGGCCACCACGUGUUGAUGAUCGUCCGGAUGGUAAUUACAAUACACAUGUUGAUUCACUUUUUCCACAAAUGGGUAACUCUAAGGGAGCUUUCACAGUAUUUGAGUUGCCACCUAUGGAAAAAAAACAAGCACAUCGCUAUGUGGUUCUAAAUUGUCCAUAUGUCAAACCGUUCAUUGAUGACUUCAAAGAUUUUGUACAAAGACGAUCUAAGGGUAGAAGGCCUUCAAAUGUAGAGAUAGAAAAAAGAGUCAACAAAGAUUUUGUUACUUGGUUUCCUACGCAGGUAAAUAGAAAAGUGAUCUCUUUUGCUAAUAUUGAGCAGUAGUUGUGGAUAUAAUAACUAAUAUGUUGUUCUAU